CUCCUGGCUCCUCUUCGGCUGGCAGUCCGGGAAACAGAAGGACACGGGAAUGGACACGGAAGGGAGUCAGAGCAGCCUGUCGUCCGUACAGGACUCCCCGCACGACCCCUGCAAAAUGUUCAUCGGCGGGCUGAGCUGGCAGACGACACAAGAGGGGCUGAAAGAAUACUUCUGUAAAUUCGGCGAGGUGAAGGAGUGUAUGGUGAUGCGGGAUCCGGUUACGAAGCGAUCGAGGGGGUUUGGAUUUGUCACCUAUGUAGACCAGGCCGGCGUGGAUAAUGUUUUGGCCCAAAACAGACACGAGCUGGAUUCGAAAACAAUUGACCCAAAAGUGGCCUUCCCUCGUCGAGCUCAGCCUAAGUUGGUGACAAGAACAAAGAAGAUCUUUGUUGGAGGACUCUCUGUCAACACCACCAUUGAAGAUGUGAAGCAGUAUUUCGACCAGUUUGGAAAGGUUGAUGACGCCAUGCUAAUGUUUGACAAAACCACCAACAGGCACAGAGGUUUCGGCUUUGUGACCUUUGAGAAUGAAGACGUGGUUGAAAAGGUCUGCGAGAUCCACUUUCAUGAGAUCAACAACAAGAUGGUUGAAUGCAAAAAGGCGCAGCCGAAGGAAGUGAUGUCACCAACAGGAACAGCACGGGGUCGCUCCAGGGUGAUGCCCUACGGCAUGGAUGCCUUCAUGCUGGGAAUCGGCAUGCUGGGUUACCCAGGUUUCCAAGCCGCCACCUAUGCCAGUCGUGGCUACACCGGAAUUGCACCGGGAUACACCUACCAGUUCCCCGAGUUCCAUUUAGAGCGGACACCUCUUCUGACCUCCUCACACCCCCCUGAGAUCACAGCCAUUCCACUGACAGCCUAUGGACCAAUGGCAGCGGCCGCAGCUGCAGCAGUUGUCAGAGGCUCCACCCCCUCACGCUUCCUGGGCACCAGCAGUCCCGGGCCAAUGGCAGACCUGUAUGCAGCAGCCAAUCAGGAUACAGGAGUCAGCAGCUAUAUCAGUGCGGCAAGCCCCGCCCCCAGCACAGGGUUCGGACAUGGGCUUGGGGGUCCUUUGAUUGCAACUACCUUUACCAAUGGCUACCACUGAGGGAUAUCCAAUCAGCAUCCAGCAUGGGAGGUGUAACUCACGAGCUUGUGAAACGCGACCACUGCUGACGACGCAACGUCAUAUGGGACGAACCCAUGAGCGGUUGCGGUCCCUCUCAACUCCACUUUGGAGUUAGGCCUUUUUCUCCACUUCAUUUCCUCUAUUCUCUACUAACAUCACCUUUUUGUUUUCCUCAUCGCUCGUUUUAUUUUUGACGUGUAAUGUUUUCAGUGACUCGUUCAUGAUUUGCUGCCUUCUAUCUAUUGAAACAAAAAAUGAAGCAAAAAACAUUGUCAGAACAAUAUUUUUUGAAUGUACUCAGAGAAACGUGCAAGGAAGUUUGUUUCCCCGGGAUUUUAUUGGACCCGUUUUUCCGAAUUUGUCACAAUGUUUUUGCUCACUGUAUUCUAUCUUUUUAUCGUACACAUGCUGUAAUGAAUGGAGUGAUGGAGAGAAAGAGAGAGAGAGGGAACAGAGAAACAAAACUGAAAAGAUCGGGAUUUGUUUUCUUAAUGUUUAUUAUGCGUUAAGGUUCCUAACAAAUCUAAACAACCAUGAACAAAUGCGUGAGAAUCAAAUUUACUGAACAAAAACAAAAAGACAGGACAAAAAAUGUAUAUUUUGGUCGUUUUUAAAUACACAUCAUUUGUAAUAUUAUUACGAAUCGUCGUAAGGUGAAUCGGUUUGAUUAUUUUUUUUUUUCGUAUAAUAAUUGUUUUUUUACAAGACAAAAAAAAAACAUUGGAUUUCAAACAUGAAACACGAGCAGUGUAAAUUGUUUGUAAAGCCAUUCUUACACACGCAUGAUUUUACAACACAUGUGGUCAUGGAAAUGCCGUAAGAUUCGAAAUGGUUUCAGCAUAAACCGAUAGACAACUGGUAAAUUUUGCACAUAUUUUGCAUUGCAUAUAAGCAUUUUAACCAGCAUUCCUACCAGUUUAUCCAGUGUGCGCAAUUGAUGUGCACAUGAUUGUUUACUGUUUGGUGUCAAAAGCACAGAAUGUCUGAUGAUUUCAACUCUUAUGUAAACGGUUUUCUUGCCUUGUCAGAUUUUUUUGGAUAAGCUGAUUUUUGGUAGUUAUCAGCAUAGUGGUGUGCAUGUAAACAUGCUCAUUGUUGUGUAUAAGAAUGGCUUUUAGUUUUGUUUUUUUACUUACAAUUUACAUAGAAUUUUGUUCCGGUCAUGUUGAGACUCAAUGUUUGGUUUCUUUUUGUAGAUACUGUAUAUAUUGCAUGGAUUUUGGGAGGGGUCUUUAAAUGAUGGACUGGGGGUGGGGGGGAUUGUUUGUUUUGUUUUUUUGUUUUUUUAACUGCAAACAUUUUUCUUCACAUUGAAACUUAGCAUUCUGAAACUGUUUAUAACCGAGUCUGCACCGCUGCACUAAUUUGCUUCUUUGAUAGUUCUUUCACUUGGACUCUGUUCCAAAACCUUGUCAGCUGCCUGUAUAGCCAGCAUUUUAUGGUUGCAAUUGAAGUUUGACCAAUAGUGGAUUUUGUCAUUACCAAUAACUAAGGUGGGCCGAUAACCGAUUAAUCGGCCGCUAGCUUUUAAAAUUGAUUUAUAGAAUGUCAAAAAAAAAAAAAAAUUAUUCUUUCCUUAUUUUAAAGGGCACAGACAAAGAUUCCUAAAUGAACAAAAUUCCAGAUGCAGUUUAUUGUUCAACCAAAAUCCCAAAAAUAACCAAAAAAAAUGAAGAUUUGGUGCAUAACACGGGACUUAUAUAAGUUUAAUCAAGCCUGAAACAUACCGGGGACUCCUAUUUUGAAAUUAAGAAAUUAUUAAAAAACUAUCGGCAACUAUCAUCAUAGAUUUUUACCAAUAACGAUUCCAAAAAGCAACUAUCGGCACCGAUUAAUUGGUAAAACUGAUAUAUCGGCCUACCUCUUUUAGCUAAGAAAGAAACUUUAAAUUGUCAGUCGAGUCUCCCGAGUUGCUGCCUAAAUUCUACAAUUUACUUUGUUACUUUGCCAUUCUGUCUUGCGCAUGGUUGAGCACUCGCCUUUCAACUUAUACUCUUUCAACAUCGAGUUUGACGCAUUACGCACUAUGUCUGCUUAUUGAUACUCUUUUAGCACAGUCAACACCAGGUGCAUGCGUCGACGAUGCGCAAAGAUGCAGAAUGCCCGUAUGUCUAGAAAAACAAUGCUGCAAGCGGACAGUCAAGGCAUACUGUCCUAAUGGCGAAAUUUGCAUCACGCAGACUGUGCGUGAGACGUAUUGGCACACGGAAAACCGAAGUAUACUUUGGCCUUUAUGUUAUAUUCUGGGUUCAAUACAAGUUAAGCUCAAUCAGCAGCAUUUCAGGCAUGAUGUUGAUUACCACAAAAAAAUUUUCGACUUGCCCCUCCUUUAAAAAAAAUCUGGGUUACAGUGAAGCACUUACAAUGGAAGUGAAUGGGGCCAAUCCGUAAACGUUAAAAUACUGUUUCAAAAGUAUAGCCAUGAGACGAAAACUUACUAACCUUUUCUGUUAUGUUCAGUUUCACAACUUCAUUGCGAUGAUGAUGUCACGCCGUAAUCCCUAAUAUGACCGUAAAAAUGAAGAUAUAAAAAAACUACAGCUCAAAUAAUACACAAGUUUUACCGGAAGAAUUUAUGUAAGUGCUUUUAUAAAAAUAUAAGCUUCACAUUUCUGCCUCUAAACACUCUAAAAAUUGGCCCCAUUCACUUCCAUUGUAAGUUCCUCACUGUAAGCUCGAUUUCUGAAGUCGAAAUUAUUUUCUGUUAAUCAACAUUAUGCCACAGAUUCUUUCAAUUGAGCUUAACCUGUAUUGAACCUGGACUAUUACUUGAAGUAGAGCAUUCCAUUUCCAUUUCAGAUGCUGCCUUAGAAGGCAGCUGCCUAUGUAGGCAAUAGACAGCGAACAAGGUUUUGGAACAGAGCCCUAGACCUUUUUUUUCAAGAUGAACCCAGGAAAUUGUUUGUUACUUUGUGCCUAAACAAUUGGCCAGAACUUGCUCUGACAUGAAAUGCAAUAUGUAGAAUGUAUUUUGCAAAUAUGGUAACCAGCUCAUUUGCUUCCACAGUGCAGGUGCAAUUCUUUUGUUUUCCUCCAUUUAAACUUACAUUUCUAUAACGUAAACACUUUAAGGCUUUUUCAAACUUUCUAAAUGAAAUUUUCUUUGGGCUCUGAAUUACCCAGACCUUUUGGUUGUAAAAAGUACUUCAGUUUUUGAGGUUAUAUAUAUAUAUGAAUCCUCAUGUUUCCCUAGUGAAAAAGAAACCAGCUUAAGCUGGUUUACUGGUCUUAGCAGAUUGAAGAUGAUCUCCCAGCAUGUCCAAGCUGGUUUACAUCUAGUAUAGCUUGUCAGGCUGACGAGUGGCCAAAACUCAUUUAAAACCAGCAAACCAGACCAGCCUGGGAGACCAGCUAAGACCAGUAAACCAGCUUAGGCUGAAAUUUAAACGAAUCGGAAACUAUGUUUUUGAUGUUGGCUGUCGCUUAUGAGGUGUUAAAACACGUUUGUGAAAAUCAGGUUGUGUUUUCCAAUAAGAAUAAAGAAUUUGUUGCAUUUUUGGAAUAAUGAAACGGACCGUAUUAUGGGUCUGAAAUCCAUUCAGUAGCCUCAUUUGGAAGGGCAAGGCUGCUUGGCUUCUCUUCAUGCUCUUUUUGGAAAUAUAUAUUAUAUAUAUAUAUAUACAUUGUAAAUUUCUCUCUGUCCCUCUCUUUUCUUUUCUUUUUUUUUUUUUUGUGUUUUUGAUGGUACAAUGCUGUUUUUAAAGAAAUGAAGGACAAAUUUACCAAGCAAAGGAGACUGAGCGCUGUUACAUCUAAAUUUUUAUCCUGUUUCUGUUAAUUCUGGUUGUAUGUGGAUAUGCACAUGUGUGUAUGCGCAACGGUGAGAGUGUAAGUUGUUGUGUACACGCGUCAAUGUGUGUGUACUAUUGCUUCCUGUGCACAGCAUAGACUGAUGUAUGGAUGUACACAUAGCUUGUUUACAUGCGUUCAACUGCCACCUUUAAAACUGUUUGUCUCUGUCAGAAAUGGAGAGGUACAGUUGACAUCACAGCUCAGAUGGAGUCAUUCAGAGAAAACGAAAUUACAGUUGAUUAAUAACUUGAGUGAUUUUAGGCUAAUUUGAGUUCAUUUGGCACAUGCAACAAAAAUACUUUUAAGAAAAACUUGCAAUUGAUAAUUCGGUCUUUUUUAUUAUUAUUGUUGUUUAUUUACAUUUUGAUGUACAGUCUUCCAAUUGCCUCUUUUUGGAGCAGUGGUCACAACUGUGGUUUACCAUGGUUAACCUCCGACUGACAGGGACACCUCACAAAACUACUGCACGGCACACACUGUAAUUAUUUAACCAACAAAAAGCAAUAAGUUAUUUUUUAAACUCGUAAUAAUGUACGCUUUUAAUGGUGGUACAAAUAUGACUGCGAUUAUGUGGCAUUAAGAAUUAUUUUUUAGAAUAAAAGCUAUAUUUUUCAACACCCUUUCUAACCCCUUGAAAGUUUUUCAGAUUUUUACACUACAUGUUACGAUACCUGUUUGGAUGAUUUGUAAAAGGGGCGGGGCUUUGGAAACUGGAAAGUGUCAUUGGGCGGUGCUCUGCCCCGUUACUAUGGAGCAGCAUGUCAACACUGUGAACUGAUGCUCAAAUAUGCUGAUCCACUGUCUCUUUACUGUAUUUUUUAUUUUUCACUUCUGAAAAAAAAAAAAAAA